AUGUGUGCCUUAACACCAACGAUGUUUCCUAACAAGCAACAAGAAUGGUACUCAUCUGCUUCAACAAUGGAGUAUCCAUGGCUUCAGUCUCAUCAAGUUGAUUCCUUUGCUCCUACUCUCCAAUAUGAUCUUCCUUCUUUCCUUUAUCCUAAUCCUUUAUUAGCCCAAUCAGAUGAUUCCAAGAGCUAUAAUCUUCAUCAUCAAAUAAGUCUUAGUCAUAGCAUUGGUACUAACAGUAACACUAACAAUGAUCAAGAAGUAAAUCUUGGAACGGUUUUGGAGAAGAAACUCAAUCACAACGCAAGCGAACGCGACCGUCGUAGAAAGCUUAACGGCUUAUACUCUUCCCUUCGUGAUCUCUUGCCUCCUUCUGAUCACAAGAGGAAGCUGAGCAUUCCAAUGACGGUAUCGAGAGUGGUGAAGUAUAUACCAGAGCAGAAGCAAGAGCUACAACGUUUGUCUCGAAAGAAAGAAGAGCUUUUGAAGAGAAUCUCAAGAAAAACAGCGACUUUGAAUCAUCACCAAGAACAGCUUAUAAACAGAUCAAUGAUGGACUCCAUGGAUUCUUCUAUGUCUCAACGGAUCGCAGCAAAUUGGAUCACUGACACAGAGAUUGCUCUCCAGAUUGCUACAUCGAAAUGGACAUCUAUCUCUGAUAUGUUGCUUAGGUUAGAAGAAAACGGGCUUCAUGUCAUAAGUGUCUCUUCUUCGGUUUCUUCCACCGCAAGGAUCUUCUAUACUCUUCAUCUUCAGAUGAGAGGAGAUUGCAAAGUGAGAUUGGAGGAACUCGAUGAUAUGAUCUUCGGAUUACGCCAAUCAUAUUGA